AUGGCCCAUCAAAUACCACCUCCUGGCGAGGGCUACUACGUCCCGAAUUAUGCUACCGAUCAUCAGGCGUACCAAUACGGUCAGGGGCAACAAUAUCAGCAGGGACAACAAUAUCAGCAGGGACAACAAUAUCACCAGCAGCAACAACAACAACAGUCAUACCCCGAUGGACAACAACCACAUGCGCAGGAGCAGCCCGAGGCAGAUCAGCGCCCAAACUGGGCCGAGGGUCUAGAGGUCGUACCACAGGAACACCUCAAGAACACACAACACUGGCCGGAAGUUCGACAAGAGGAAAUUGGCAAGGAACUGAGUCCGAUGACUGCUGCGGUUAAUGAGUGGAAAUGGAAAGAUGAACGCGAUCAGUACAAUGCCGGCCAAGCACCCGAAGUCGUCGGCGGUCCUACGACCGUUAAGCGGAACCGAAAGCGAUUAUGGAUUAUCCUGGGGAGUGUACUUGCGGUUAUCAUCAUAGUCGCGGCUGUGGUCGGCGGUGUGGUUGGGAGCAAGGCGGCUCGGGACUCGAAAGCAAGCACGGCUCCGGUUCUUGAUAGCGGUGGUGAUGGUGGCUCUUCAAGCACGAUACCGAGUCCAUCACAGACAACGACGGGAGGAGGGGCUGCUUCAACAUCUUCUGCUGCUGUUGCUGGUGCUAUAAAGUCAGGUUCACCGUUGACCGUUACCAGUUGGAGGAACGACAAGGGUAAAGUCGGGCUUUAUCUCUUCUACCAGGACAAAACCAACGACGUCUACUACGUCAAGUACGACGGAUCUUCAUGGGGAAAGCCUGUUAGCACCAUUACCGGUCUCAGGAGAGAUACCAAGCUCACGGCUACUAUCAUUCUCAAUGGUCUUGGGAAUAACGUCAGGCCCCAUAUCAUCCUGACCUACAUCGGUCCCGGCCCGACAGUCCUAGCCAAAGACAUCAACGAGAACAACAUCCCCGCCAUCAGCAACGACGAUGAAUUCAGCGAAAACAUGGGGCCACUGGAUGCCCUCGCUAAUUCUAGCACAGCCAGCUACUUUCCCGCCAUGGUCUACCAGACCCCGAGCGGCGAGCUGGGCCAGGCGCGCAUCAUCAUGCUGAGAUGGUUCGCCAAGCUGACGGGGAUAACGGCGCUUCCCGGUACGAACCUUGCAAUGGUGCCUAUUUCUUCUCGCUGGGCGAAUUAUUCAGCAUCGGGGGGAUACGGCCUGAUUUACCAGAAUCCAGACGGUCGUCUUGCAGCUGCUGUCCCGCAUCUUGGUCCUGACGAGAGAGUUGACGCCACUGCUCCGUGGUUUAAUAGCUCCAUUUUCCCCUCCGACAUCACCCCUCCCGACGGCGCCCCCUUAUCCGCAUGGGUCACCGCCCGCUCCUCAUCUUCUAAGCACUCACCAAACACGUACAUCCUUUACCUCGACUCGAACUCCAACAUCCAGAUGGUCUACACCUCCUUCUCCGGAUCUGGUGAUAACUCCGUAACAUGGAAGACGUCCGAGUCAAAAGCUCUAAAGGGGCUAGACAAGGAUACGCAAAUCGGGUGUGUGUUGAUGGCGAGUAUCGACGCAGACAAUGAUAAGAAUGAAGUCCCGAUUGAGGAAGAUUCGGAGGAGGUUAAUAGGUGUUUCUUCCAGAAGGGAGGAAAACUUGUUGAGGCGAGGAUGAGUGGAGGUGCAGAAAAUGGGGAUUUGGAGUGGAAGGUUGUGGGUGAGGUUCCGUUGCCGACGUGA